AUGCUUUACUUUCUCCCUCCAGAGACUUGGUUGUACAUCUUCUCUUUUCUUGACCUCCCCGACCUAGCGUCCUUGGCUCAAGCGUGCCCCGAACUACUCCCGCUGGUCGAGGAUCCAGUUCUUCGACGCGAGAGGCUCUUGGUAGUCGCCCCGUCUCGCGUUUCUCACUCCCUUUUUGGCACAAGCUCUACUGGGCUUCCCCUUCGCUCCACGCUUCCAGAGCUCGUGCAUAGAGGGAUAAUUCGCGGUGUAGGCGUUGAACGCCGCUGGAGAGAUGGUCUCUACUUCUACACGACCCUCAUGGUCACCCAAUACGAGAAUUCGAUGCGGCUGAAGUGGACCCAUGCGCGUAACGUCCUCUCUCAUACUCUCCGUGCUCGCUCCUCCAACCCUGGCGCGCGCACCGCGUUCUACCGGUCUCGCGUCCUUCCCCGCGACGCCGCUUCGACCACCGUCUCUCCCCCUCUUGUCUCUGCGGUCCGCCGGCUUCGAUGGGCCCUCAAGCGCGAUCAUCUCGCGCACUUCGUCAAGGACAGGAGCGAUAUGGUCAAGAACGGAGGCCUGAACAAGUGGUUGGAAGGCAACGGGCGGGCCGUCAUGUGGCGCGAGAAUGAGCGUAUCAGACUUGCUCUCUGCCCUGGAAUCAAGGGGAUUGUGAAGUUCUUCGAAGGGCUUGCGCUUUGA